UACACUUCACUGAUGACAUUUAUCUCAGUUAGUUGAAUGUUUCAUGUUGGUUAUUGAAAUGUUAUUUCUAAUUUAAAUAUUAUCAAAUUAUUUUCUCUCAAUUAAUCACCAUCAAGACGAAAAUAGUGGAUACAAUCAAUUCUCUAGAUUCACAAUCCCAAUCAUCAAAUUUUCCUCCAAAUUGAAAAUAGAUAUUUUUAUGUUAUAAUUUCGAUAUUUUUUUCUGGUUCUCAUCUGAUUGUUUCUCCUUUUUAAAUGUUAAUUGUUUGAAUUUUCCACAAUGUUAAUUACUCACCUUUGGAUACUUCAUCUCUCGGUUGAUGAGAACCGAAUUGUUCUAAUCAACACCCCAUAGAUAUGAUAAGUUCUUAUUUUUUCGUUUUCUAUUCUCCAAUUGAUCUUGACCAUCAUCUUCAUUGUUAUCAAUUAACUACCAAUUGAUAAACAAAUAAAAUAUAUUAGUCGUUGAUUAGUUGAUAGAUUAAGAUCGCCAAAAUCGCUAAAAAAGGUGACAUUAGUAAACCCAUUUCGGGUAACCUGACCUCGAAUUCAACAACGACCGUUGUUGGAUCCUCGGUGAAAACAAUGCCUGAACAAAGCAAUGAUUACCGAGUGGUUGUAUUUGGUGCUGGUGGAGUAGGUAAAUCAAGCCUAGUUUUAAGAUUCGUUAAAGGUACUUUUCGGGAAUCUUAUAUUCCAACCAUUGAAGAUACAUACAGACAAGUAAUUUCUUGUAAUAAAAAUAUAUGUACUCUCCAAAUAACUGAUACAACUGGUUCUCAUCAAUUUCCUGCUAUGCAAAGGCUUAAUAUAUCCAAAGGACAUGCUUUCAUGCUGGUUUACAGUAUAACAGCAAAACAAAGUUUGGAGGAAAUUAAGCCAAUCUAUCAAUUGAUUAGGGAAGUCAAAGGUGAAAAUGAAAACAUCCCAACGAUCGUUGUAGGUAAUAAGUGUGAUGAAGAGUCUCUGAGAGAGAUACCAACCGAUGAAGCGCAAAGUUUGAUAAAAACUUUUUUCAAAAGUUGUGGGUUCAUUGAAACUUCAGCUAAAACUAAUCAUAAUGUAAAGGAAGCAUUUCAGGAAUUACUAUCUUUGGACAAAACCAGAAACAUGUCACUCAAUUUGGAUUUAAAGAAAUCAAGAUCACAAUUAAGGAGAGAGAAACUGAAAGGAAAAUGUUUAAUGAUGUAAUAGUAAUUAAAUCAUCACAAUUAACCGGAUAGCAACCAAGUAACAAGAUUGAUGUGAUCAAAAGAUUUACUUAAUUGUAAAAAGAAAAUCAAAAAACAACCAACUGACCAACUAAUCAUCUUAUUUGGUCAACGAAAACUCAAUGCAGCAAAAAGGGAAAGGAAAACGUGGAUAAUUUAAUUUGAUUGUUCUCAGUGAGAUCGAAACAAUUAAACUGCGAACAAACAAAUUAACCAUCUAAAGAUGAAGAUGAAGAUGAUUAACUGAUUAUAAAUAUUAGAAUUUAAAUUGUAAUAGAAAAAGAGAGACAAUUAACUCAAGAGAAUUUAAUUUUUGAUUUAAUAUUCGAUUGCAAUUCCCAAACUAAGAUAUUAUUUUUCUUCCUCAUCAUCAUCAUCAUCUUCUUCUUCAAUCAUCAAUCUUCCUGCAACUCUUUCUUUUUCUCUUUCUUCUUGUCUUUCAAGAGUUACAGUUAUAUAAUUAUUACAAUUUACUUUCAUUGUUAUUGAGAAAGAGAUUAGAUUUUAAUUAAGGUAACAAUUAAGAGGAGAAACAAUUUUAUCAACAAGAUUACGAUUUACUAUUAACCACCAAUCACCAUGUUAUUAAUCAAAAAGUAAUCAAACUGAUCAAUGGAAAAUUUUUUUACCAUUUGAUUGUGAUCUUUAUGGUGAUCAUGGAGGAAACAAUUUGUUGAUUGUCAACUGAUUAACUGAUUGGAAUUAACUUUCAUCGUGGAUCACAAAAGUUGUAAUAAAAUCCAAAUCCAGAGAAACAACAAUAAUUUAAUUGUACACCUCAACUAAAUUAACUACACACACACACAAACACAAUCUAAUUUCAACAAUUAACAAUUCCUUACCAUCGUCCAAAACUAAAACAAUUAACACACAUUCAAUCAAUUCACAAAUUAAUUAUAUAAAUUACACUAACGUUGAUUUAUCAGAAAUCAAACUAAUCUUGAGAGUGAGAGUUUAAAUUGUAACUUUUAAUUGAAAGAAAAAUUAAUUAUAUUAUAAAUAAUUUAUUUCCAAGUAAAAUAUAUUAUUAUGAGUGUGGGUGGAACCACCACCCACUCAUUCAAUCCACCACCUUCACCCUUUAACCCCAUCAACCCACUGAAAUCAACUGAACCCACCAGAGUAAAAAUUAAAUCAAUUAUUAACAAUGGAAUCAAAAUCAAUUUCAAAUUUAAUAUAAUUAAUUAAAAGACAACAACAACAAAUCAAAUGUUCAAAUUUAAAUUCAAAUGUUUAUCAUGAUCAUCAUGAUCAUUUUAUUGUAAAUAAAAAAUCAGAUUAAACCAUAAACAAUUAUAAUCUCAA